AUGGACGACAGUCCAACGAUUCCUGUCACUACUCCUGUCACUACUCCUGUCAUUCCUGUCACUCCUGCCGCUCCUGCCGCUCCUGUCACUCCUGCCGCUCCUGUCACUCCUGCCACUCCUGCCACUCCUGCCACUCCUACGACUGCUACACCUCCUUCAACUCCUGCCGCUCCUGCCGCUCCUGUCACUCCUGCCGCUCCUUCAACUCCUGCCGCUCCUGCCGCUCCUGUCACUCCUGCCGCUCCUGCCACUCCUGCUGCUCCUGCCACUCCUGCUGCUCCUGCCACUCCUGCUGCUCCUGCCACUCCUGCUGCUCCUGCCACUCCUAAUGAUCACGUAAUCCGUCGUUUCUCCCUUCGCCAUCGAGGAUGA